UCACUGCAUUAGUCAGAUCUUGGAGAGUGUCAAUCAUAUCCACCAGCACGAUAUUGUGCACAGAGACCUCAAGCCUGAGAACCUGUUGUUGGCCAGUAAAAUGAAGGGCGCUGCAGUGAAGCUGGCGGACUUUGGCCUUGCUAUUGAGGUGCAAGGAGACCAGCAGGCUUGGUUUGGGUUUGCCGGCACUCCCGGCUAUCUCUCUCCUGAGGUCUUGCGGAAGGAUCCCUACGGAAAGCCUGUGGAUAUUUGGGCGUGCGGUGUUAUUCUUUAUAUCUUGUUAGUCGGCUAUCCUCCAUUCUGGGAUGAAGAUCAACACAAACUCUAUCAACAGAUCAAAGCAGGGGCAUACGAUUUUCCUUCCCCGGAGUGGGACACGGUGACCCCAGAAGCAAAGAAUCUGAUCAACCAAAUGUUGACUAUUAAUCCAGCCAAGAGAAUUACUGCUGAACAAGCCCUCAAACACCCAUGGGUCUGCCACCGCUCUACAGUGGCAUCCAUGAUGCACAGACAGGAAACUGUGGAAUGUCUCCGUAAAUUCAACGCUCGCAGAAAGCUCAAGGGAGCCAUUCUCACCACCAUGCUGGUGUCCAGAAACUUCUCAGUGGGCCGGCAGCAUACCAACUCUGCUGCUGCCGCCUCCUCCACGGCCUCACUGGCUCAGGAAGCAUGCAAAAGUUUACUCAACAAGAAGUCGGAUUCUGCCAAGCCUUCUACCAACAACAGUAAGAACAGUAUAGUGAGCGCCAUCAAUGCCCUGAAAGACACCAACAUGGCAACCAACGCCCAGAUG